GACCAAGGUGAAUUUAAUGACUGGGAGACUUCUGCGCCUUUUCGUCCAUCAACCUUUCUUAGUCAUAUUAUUCCCCCUCCAGAAAGUCUUUAUGAUCCGAUUCGUGACAGCAUUGAGCAAACCAGCACCGCCAAGAAAGAUUUGUCUGCUAAUGAAAGAAAAACAGCUGAUAGAGCUAUAGCCCAUCAAGAGAACAUGAAUGCUGAUAUAGCUAUAGCCCAUCAAGAGAACAUGAAUACCUUUUCAAAAGAAGAAAAGCACUCAAUAUCAGUUGAUCCCAGAGGCCAAAAGAAGAAACAAUCAAAAUUAGAGAAGCUCGGACCCAGCUGGGAAAUUGAUACCGACUUUAGGAGAGAUGGAUCUAUGAACUAUGAGUCAGGAGUUAUGAAGCAUUUCCGUACUGCUCUUGUGGAAUUAGUUAAAAAAUUGCUUAAGCCAACUUGGCAUGAAGGUUUUUUGAUGAGGGAUGCAUACAAGAUGAUUGUUAAGAAAGCAGUAGACAACAUCAUUAACUCUUUGACACCCGAUCAAGUUCCUGAUACGACUGAAUCCAUCAAUCAAUAUCUCUCUGCAUCUAAGACAAAAGUAGCUAAGUUGAUUGAGGGGUAUCUGGAGAAAUAUGGUAAAUCCUGCGGUGAAUCAUCAAAAGUAUUGCUUUACAUGCUGCCACUAAUCAGGAAUUUAUGAAACAUGUCAUUGUGGACUACUUAUGUUAUACUAAAGUGAUAGAAGCAAAAUGUUAAUUUUGUAUAUGGAUUUCUUCUUAUUAGCGAACACCUUUUUUUCGCUGCUUUCAUGGGUCGAAAGAAUUUUGGAAACAUCUAUGUUUACUUAGUAAUAUUUUGAUUCAAUCUUGGUGAGGAAAUAUAAUUUGCUAA